CAGUACAUAUGUAUUUGAAUUUAAAUGGCCAGACGUUGAGGCCUGUGAAUCCGUUACUUGUAACCUAAUGUACAUACUUUUCAAAAUAAGUGUGUUGUUGAAUACAAUAGUGCUUACGAAACUAGCAAUAUCAAAGCCAAUUUUUAUUUGGAAUGUGUUAAACAACGAUGUACAAGAUAUUUAAGCCGAUUUAGUCUUUUAUUCGUGAUCUAACCUAGUACGUUUUUUAAGAAGUUGACAAAAAAGUGCCCGGCUCAAAUAUGAUGAAAUACAGUGCAUUGAAAGGUUUCUACGAGUUAGAAAGGACGAUAGGUUGUGGCGGAUUUGCCAAAGUGAAGAUGGGCACUCAUAUUGCCACUGGAGAGAAAGUGGCAAUAAAAAUAAUGGAAAAGGCAUCUCUGAAAGAUGACUUACCUCGAGUCAAACUGGAAUUGAAGGCUUUAAAGACACUAUCACAUAAACACAUAUGUAAAUUAUAUCAGGUUAUUGAAACAGAAACUCAUUAUUUCAUUGUAAUUGAAUAUUGCUCUGGUGGUGAAUUGUUUGACCAUAUAGUAGAGAAGAGCAAGUUAUCAGAGAAUGAAAGUCGUAUAUUUUUCAGACAAAUAUUGUCUGCAGUGGCAUAUUUACAUACUUUGGGAUAUGCACACAGAGAUUUAAAACCAGAGAAUGUUUUACUUGAUCACUCACAAAACUUGAAGCUGAUAGAUUUUGGUUUGUGUGCAAAACCAGUUGGAGGAAUGGAGAGUCCACUUUUCACUUCUUGUGGAUCUCCAACUUAUGCUGCUCCUGAACUUGUUUUAGGAAAGCAAUAUUUGGGCACUGAGGUUGAUGUUUGGGCAAUGGGUGUAUUACUCUAUGCUUUGCUCGCAGGGUUUCUUCCUUUUGAUGAUCAAAACAUUGAUUCAUUGUAUAAGAAAAUACUUGUUGGAAGGUAUGAAGAACCAUCAUUUAUGUCUUCAUCAAGUAGAAAACUAAUAAAACAGAUGUUACAAGUGGACCCAAAGAAACGAUUAGCAGUAACUGAUUUGUUAUCUCAUCCUUGGGUAAAGCAGGGGAGUAAUUCUGACGUCAAAAUCAUGUCUGAUAAUGACAAAAUCGCAGAUGAUGAUAUUAUCAGCCUAAUGGCCCAAUAUCAUGGUAUUACCAAUGAAGACAUGUGGAAGCAUAUAAGCAAAUGGCGUUAUGAUUAUAAUACCUCUACGUACAUGUUAUUAGUUGCUCGCAAGAAGCGCGGAUUGCCUCUGAAACUUAUGCCUGGUGCGAUAAAACUUCCAGUUCGGAUUAAAUCGGCUGAGACAAUAAGCACAACACCUUCAAAUAUCAAACAACUAAGUGCACGUUCCAACGGAACAUUGAAGGCAUUAAAUGGUGUGUCAACUCCAACAUCCACCCGGGUGAUGGAGCGCAAAUAUUUGACACCUCAGACGCCUAAAAUAGUCAUAAUCAAUCGCAACACGCCGAAGAAGCAGGAUGAGAACGUGGAAGUUCUCACGCCGGAAGCGACCUCAAUGAGUCCUGAUAACUUUCUGGAGCCGCGUAAGCCGUCUAGCAUCCGCAAACCAAUGAAACGUAUUCGUUCGCCGACAUUUGAAGCAGAUUCCAGUCCUGUGCCGACGAAGAAAACGCCAGGUCGCUCGACCCCCAGGACGCCCGAGCGAAAACGAACGCCAGGUGCGAGUGAAACUUCUUCAGCUCGCAAAGUGCUGGGCAGCAUUGAAAGGUCUCUCAAUAAAGUACGUCAUGUUUUGACACCGCGAAAAUCUCCGCAGCAAAAUCCUCUUCGACCUGUAAUACUCAACAACAAGGAUCUCUGCAAUGUAUCUACAACGCAGUGUACAGAUCCAGAAUAUGUUGUCUCCGAAUUAGCAAAAGAAUUACAGAAAAAAGGAAUUCAAUGCGUGCGAAAAGGGUUCACAGUGCGCGGCAAAAUGGAGCCGAACGCGUUAGGGCGGUUUGUCGGAGGCUGCUCGUUUGAGUUGGAAAUAUGUUAUUUGCCGAUGAUGGGCGCGACGCCCAGUCGGAAGGGUAGCACACCGACGAAAACCGCAAGCGAUAAUUACGCUAAGGAUGAAAAUGGUGAUGGCACACCGAGUCGCAUACCAAUUCUGAAGAGGACCGAAGCUGCCAACACGGGUGAAUUCGUCGUUCAGAAGCUGCCGAACCGGGUGGGCAUUCGUCGCAAGCGCCUCAAGGGGGACUCGUGGUGCUACAAGAAGGUUUGCGAACAGGUGCUCGCGCUUACCGCUACGGAAUUGAAACAAACUGCCGUUUAGAUGGGCCGUUUUGAUUGUUUGUUAUAGGCGAUGUUCUCGAUAAGUUUAUUGCCGCUACCUACCGCCGAAUCAAUUAUUGUGCGUUCUAUUUAGUUUGCUAUUCUCAUAAAAUUUUAUUUUUAUUGUAUUGUUUUAGAAUAAGUUAUAAUUUAAUGCUUAUUAAAUCAUUGCUCUCAUUUAUUAUCAAGUAAUAAUUGUAUUUAAUUUUGCUUCUGCUUUUUUGCUUUGUUUUGAAAGAACUGAAACAUUUAAUUUUGUAUAUGCACAUGAAAAAUUAAAUAUUCUGAAUUUCAUUAAA